UUUGUUCCGGGAAAGUCAUUUAAUGUCCACCGUAAACCUUACAGCCUUGCUUAUUCUCUUCCAUAGCUUCAUUCCAAUUUUGACUCGGUACAAUCUUGGCACACAAAGCUUGGUAUAUCAAGACUCGAGCAAGGGUAAGGAUUCGUUAGCAUCGACGAAAAUCACACUCAUAAAAUGACUCCAACCCACCUUUCUGGUCCCCUCGUGCUCUUUCUCCUGCUCGUAGUCACGGCCCUCGCAACCGUAACCAGAUACAGCGUCCCCAUACCAGCAGGAACCCUCAUCCUGCAGACCCGCCAGCAGCUCAACGACAUGGCAGCCGCCUACUCAAUGGGGACCUUGGAUGAUCGCAACGGCGGCUAUUACCUACUCGACCACGACGGCGAAGUCCUGGCCGUGGCAGCAGAUGGCUUGUGCGCAGAGCUCGACGUUUCGAUGAGAUCGGCGAGAAGAGUCCACGAGCAGCGCUCGCGCCCGGAUUCAUAUAGCGGAGAGUUCCAGGAGGUUACCCUCCAGAGCCAUGAGGGACAACUAGGGAGAAGCGAUGAGCACUCGUGUUCUCAUCCUCGUUGUUAUACGCAUGCGCUGUGUGAAACUUAUAGUGAUUGCUUUGUAUGCUCCUCGAAUCAUCAUUGGUGUUACUAAUGCUGGGGGAUUCGUUGGGAAAGCUGUGAGAUUUAGAAUUGGCUUGGGGAGAAUUUACGCUGGAUAGGGUUUGCUUACUUGUCUCUAGCGUUUCAUGCGCAACACGCAUUCAUACUCUUGCUUCUGGGGACAACUACUGGGGAGUUGCAUCUAACGUAGAUUCCUACGUUUUUAUCUUGUCCUUUCUUGCCAUCUGUGAUGCAAAUACCGUUAGCUACGUGAGGUGAAGUUGCAGGGUAUAACUGCGGCCGUUGACAGUCUCAGUGAUUUUUUUUCGGUAUCGAUUCCAUAAGACUCCACAUUCUAGUUGUGAAUAACAUCUCG